GCAGUUCUAGUUCCAAAUCCGGACUGCAACACAUUUGCACACUGCAGUCUUUAUUUUAUUUACAAAUAAUUGCUAAUUCUAGCAAUGGCCGCCGCCACGCUGAGUGGCCACGAGGCCAGUGCCACCGACUGGCAUCUGUGGUGUCGCCUGUGUGCCAAGAACGACCUGCAGGGCAAUAUAAAUGUGUUUCUGAAGCAUGAGCACACGGGCGGUCCUGGAGAUGGCUCUGGCAGCGAUCUGGCGCUUGCCACAGCUAUUGGCAAGUACUUUUGGGUGGAUAUAACGCGUGGAGAGGAGCUGCCAAAGAUGAUCUGCACCGACUGCCUCACGCUGGUCACAACUUUGGUCAACUUCUCGGAGCGAAUUAGCCGCGUGCAGAAGCUCUACUGCAUUCUACAGGCCAGCGCCAAGCAGGAGCAUGUGAAUCUGCAGGAGCUGCGUUCCAAGUUUGGCCUGCUGGAGGAGGAACCAGAGACCCAAACUGAAGUCCACUAUGUGGAGGAGAAACCCAAGUUGGGGGCACAAGGCGAUCUGCUGAUAGAAGAGUCUGCAUUCGAUAUGAAGAACCCCCUAAAUGAGACGGCAGAGGACCAGGAAGAGGAGCAUGGAGAAGCAACAAGUAGAAGCGAGGAGAAUGAGGACGAGUCGGAGCAGGAAGAGCAAGAGCAAGAGCAGCAGGAACUGGAGAUGCAGCAGGAGCAGGAGCAGGGCUACGAUGAAGAUGCAGUGCUGCUGAAGCUCUGCGAUGCCUAUGGGAUUACCGAAGAUAGUUCCUCGCGCGACAGUCACAAAUGCCCUCCAAGACAGAAGGAGAACCCCGACAAGGCACAUCAGUGCAGCAUGUGCACGCGGGCGUAUGCCAGAGCCAGCACCCUGAACCGACACAUGCGGCAGGACCAUGACAGGAUAUUCGAGCCCAAUCUGCUGGCCUGCGAGGAGUGUCCCAAGAAGUUUCGCACGCGCUACCAGCUGGAGCGGCACAGCCAGGGCCAUCUGCCGAUGCCGAAACGCAAGGUCUAUCCGUGUGCCAGCUGCGACAAGAUGUUUGCCAGCAGCGCCUCCGCCGUGCAGCAUGCCCAGUACAUGCAUUUGGAUGAGCGGCCACGGCCCGUCAUCUGCGAGCAGUGCGGCGUGCGCGUCACGUCCAUCAGCAACCUCAAGGUGCACGUACUCACGCACACGGACGAUGCCCCCUUCGAGUGUGAUGUGUGCAAGAAGUGCUUCAAGAGCGCCAGCCGGCUGAAGCAUCACAAGGAGACGCACGAUCCGCACAAGUACAUCUGUCCCGAGUGUGGCAUGCAGCUGAAUUCGCGCACCACCCUCAAUCGCCAUCGGCUCGUGCACACGGAUCAGAUGCAGCACAAAUGCGACUACUGUGGCAGGGAGUUUAAGCGCGCCAAGGCCCUCAAGAAUCAUCUCAUACUGCACACGGGCCUCAAGCCGUACUCCUGUGACUUCUGCGAUCGCACAUUUGCCAAUGGCUCGAAUUGUCGCACGCACAAGAAGAAGGCCCAUCCCGAGGAGUUGGCCGCCCAGGAGGCGGCUGGCGGUGGCAAGACAUGCAAUCGGAACAUACCCAAAUUGGAGGCGCUGAAAGCUUUCACAAAAAACAAGGAUAAUUUAUCGCCAGUAGCCACCAAGCAGAGCGGUUGCUUUGCCUUUGGCAAGAAGCCCAAGCAGCAGAUCAAAGAGGACGUUAGUCCGCCUGCAGCAGAGCCAGUGGCCGAAGUCAAUCCCCCCACAACAGCAGCAACAACAACGGCCAUACCUAUACCCAUACCCACGAUAGAUACUAUUUACAAUCAUAUUAUGAUUGAUUACCAUUAAGCUUUCUAAGCAAAAACGUAGUUUAAUUUACUUUAAGCAGACUGAUUUGUAGCCUGUUUUGAUUACGUAUUAAUUUAGUUGUAAAAUUUAGUUUUUAAAUAUAUAUUUAUGGAUUCUACACUACAGGAUUCGGCGGGAAAAAAGGUUUCAAAAGGAUUUGCGGCAUGUGGCGUGGCCUGGUGCGCAUGUCCUUGCCGGAGUCGGAGACAACCCCCCCCCCAAAUUUUGUGUGUGGAGUAUAAAGGAAUUUAGUUCAGUUGACAGCGUGCGCUCUCCUCGUGUCCUGCUCUCUCUCUAAGGAUAUUUGUUUAAAUCUCUUUCGUAUUAAAGUGGAAAUAAAAGUGGAAGUAAAAAUGGUUGGAAAACAAUUUAAUAUUUAGUUAAAAACAUGGCCAUUGCGGUCCAUAAACAUUCAGCUUUAUAAAACAAAUAAACUUACAAUUCGUAUAUUAUUUGAAUGGAAGUUGAAAAAUCACAAAAAAAAAUCGAUUUAUCCCCAAUAAAAACAAAGUGCAUUCAAAUAGCCAUUAAAAUAGACUCCAUGCAUAUCUAAUAAAUCAAAAGUGUAUUAAAAGUUGAUGAAUUUAUAGUCUUACUGUGACACAGUGCAAACGUAAAAGCUUUAAAGCAGAAGUUUUUAAAACGAAAAACCACAAUUUGAAUUUGAAUCUACCAAAGAGCAGCGCAGAAAACUGCAUAUAAAUAGAGAUAAUCGCAAAUAAUCUCCAAAUCAAAUAUAUUUAUAAAUAUUCCGAUGUCAUUAAAUCAUAAACUGUUUUACAAGCAAGAGAGAAGCGCAUAAGAAGCCACAUUAUGGAGAUGUUUCAAAAC